GCGAAAGAGAGAAGAACCGAAAAGAAACUCCGUACCGACACCAACUAUACCCUACGUACCGACACAAGAGAGAGACGGAGCAGGAGAGAAGACGACAGGCGAAUUCCAACUUAACUUGUGCUCGUGGGACGUGUCGCUAUCGCUUUCACCCCUACACAACUCUACAUGACCGGCGCCUGCACCGCUUCUUGACUGGACGUGUGAAGGAAGCCAAAGUCACGUCAUCCUCCGCCGCCGCGAUCUCCGGAACUCGCUGCAGCCAUGACUUCGAACUCGCCCAAGACAACGCGUACGCCCUCACAGACUCCCGUGCGCGGCCGAGGACGCGGAAGACCGAGACUGUACCAGCGGGGAACGAGCACUGCGUCGAGGAGGAAGGCUAGCACGCCUGCCCCGAAGACGCCGGAAGGGACUCCUACUGGUCGUCGGCGAGGGGGAGGAGGAGUGGGAGGGUCCGGAGGGACGUACUCGAAUGGCUACAGACCCGGGGGCGCUGGUGGCGGCGGACGCUAUCUGCACCCCAGCACUGGAGAGGAAAUCCCGGCUACGGUCUACAGAGAUCUUAUAAAGAAGAUGAAGAGCGAGGGAGGAGGGGGAGGGAGCGGGGGAGGGGGUACUGUUGCGCGGAGAGCUGCUGCGGCCAUGGCGCAGACACCGGUGAUGCCUCUACCCAAGCCGCCUCCAGUGGGUCCAGAUGGUGUUUACAAACCACGCGAGGAGCGCAGCUACACGGAGUUUCACCCAGGAUUUGAUGUGGAUCAACCGUUGCUUGUGCUGCAUGCGCAGGAGGUGGAUGGGGAGAACUACAAGCCGCCGGUGUUGCCUGAUGGGACGACGAAGACGGUUAAGAUAGUCGAUAUAAAGGAGGAAGAGGAGAUGCGGAAAGAUAUGGCUCCUGCCGGAUCCAUCAAAGAGGAGUCUCAAGGUGAGCGCAGUGCCUCGAUUGCAGGCAGUGCUCCCUCCGAAAGCUCUAGUCAUCGCGCGCGCAAUACCACAGAGGAUUAUAACACAAAGAAGUCGGCAACCUCUCCGGUCUCGCUCACGUCCAAUGGUGUAUCUACUGCUACCCACACCGACUAUGAUCCCGUGUCGGCUACCAGCAGCAGCGCCAACAGCCUUACAGCAUUGACACCGCCCCCACUAUCGAUGCUGGACCCGGCUCUCUCGGUUCCCAUCGAUCCGGCAUUGUCGGCUCCAGAUGCCCACCCGCCUCCGGCUCAAACACAGACGCCGGCUGCAACCCCCACCGACGGACCGCUGAAGGACGAAUCCGUUACCUCUGCACCUACCCCACCACCAACUACACCGGCUGCGCCGGAGGUCGUACCUUCUCCUACCAAGAGGGGUUUGAGUGAUGUGCCUACACUUGCAUCGCUUCGUGCGCACCGUACAACGGCUGGCAAACCACCACCCCGUGCUCCCCCACCACCGUCCACUCGGAAGCCAAGGUCGCAGAACCAGAGUCAGAACCCGCACGAGAAGCUCCAUUUGCGCGCACCGUCUUUCCGCCAGAUCCAGUCUUUCACAUUCGCUCAUCGUGGAUUGGGAGGCAGUUCUGGCAGCGGCAAGGGACCUCACAAGCUUGGUGGCUCUCAGCCCUACAAUGAAGCGCCGAUGUCAGACAAGAUGAUUGCCAUUGGCUAUCAGCAUUCGACGCACUUUGAGUGUCCGCCGAAUUUGAUCAGAGACCAGCCGGACGUCACAGUAGACGAGGAACUCAGCGGGUUGGGACUCGACGUGGUGGAAUACGACAUGGACGAACAGGAUGAUAAGUGGCUCACCAACUACAAUUCUCACCGAAUGAUAACCGGCGACGAUCUGGUCGACAAGGAAAUGUUCGAGUUUGCCAUGACCAAGAUCGAGAAGGAAUGGGUCAACCUGGAAAAGAAGAUGCCAAAGAUACAAGCCAAACCACAUGGUGUCGGGAUGUCGAAUAGGCGACGGAGUUCUGGCAGGGCUGGCGAGGAGGACGACGAUGAAGGAGCUGAGGAUAGCAAGUGUGCCAUCUGCGAUGACGGCGAGUGCGAAAACGCAAACGCGAUUGUCUUCUGUGAUGGGUGCAACCUGGCUGUUCACCAAGAGUGCUAUGGAGUACCAUAUAUCCCCGAAGGACAAUGGCACUGCCGAAAGUGUCAGCAGAUUCCUCGACAGGUCGCUCACUGUGUUUUCUGUCCCAACAUCGACGGCGCAUUCAAGCAGACCAACACGAACAGAUGGGCACACCUUCUAUGUGCGAUCUGGAUUCCCGAAGUUCGGCUUGCCAAUCCAUCGUUCAUGGAACCUGUCGAGGGUGUUGAACUGGUACCGAAAUCGCGAUGGAAGUUGAAUUGCUACAUCUGCAAGCAGAAAAUGGGCGCCUGCAUCCAGUGCAGUAACAGGAAUUGCUUUCUUGCAUUCCAUGUUACUUGUGGACGUCGUGCCCGACUGCACAUGAAGAUGAAGAACACCAGUGGAUCAGGAGCUCAACUCGAGUCGUCAGGCUUAAAAGCGCUUUGUCACAAGCAUGUUCCGCCGGAUUGGAGAAAGGAAAAUGAGGUAGAUGCUGCUACGGAAGACGCCAUGAACUACUAUGCCAACAGCUUCACCGGACGCGAAUGGGGCGAUUCCCAUGCGGCUGCCAUGGCCAGAUCGGGCGCUUCGGGAGUUGGCGAUUUCGCACGAGCUAUCCAUAAAUCGGGCGACAAGCGGAAGCAUGAAUCCGAACAGAGGACAGUAUGGAAACUUCAAUCGGGGGCGCCAGUGAUACCGGUGAUUAUCUUGGAUGUCAUCAUCGAUUCUCUUGUGGACUUUGGGAUCUCAAAUACCAAGAAUUUUGCGGUCGAAGCUUGUAAAUACUGGACUCUGAAGCGCGAAGCUAGGCGGGGUGCUAGUUUAGUCCGAAGAUUCCAGGUGCAGGCCGAUAGUAAUAGUUUUACUUCGUCAGAGGUCAUCCGGAAGAACUAUGCUGCCCUGGGACACACUCAAGGCGGCAAGAAGCUGGAGCGCCGACGAGACUUUUCUGGAAGUCUUGAAAAGGAUCUAGUUGGCAUGAUUGGUGUCGUGAAGGCAGUCGGCACCGGGGAAAAUUCCAUGCUCCGAGAGGCGGAAGUUCUCGGUGCCUACUUCGAUAGGAUGUACUUUCCGGAACUUCCUCUAAUGAGAGAGGUCCUCGAUGGAGCACAGAAAUUGGACCAAGAGACAAUAUUCGAGUAUGGGUUCGGUCUCAUUCGCGAUCGCAUUGAGGCCAGACUCUAUCCCAACGUUUCCGCGUUCAUUGCCGAUAUGCGGUCCGUGCUGCGCUCUUCGAGUACCGAUCCACACCUCGAGUUCGACAUCCGAGCCAGUCGUUACAUCCAACCACAACUGCCGCCUUCUUCACGCUUGCUCAACGAAGAAGAUGUCAAGACUAUUGGUGGCAAGAUCAUGGAUGCGCUGGAGCCUUCCUUCAAGAAGGCUUUGAAGAAGCAAGAGGAGCUGUGGGAUGAGAUGGCAGAGCGACCGGCAAAACGACCGCGGUUGUUGGAGCAAUUCAACGGCACGCUAUUCGACGUUCCUGUCAACGGCACCGCCGGCUCGUUACCAAACAGCCCAUCGCUCCAGCUCGUUAAGGAAGCCUUACCGGAGCCACUCAAGAAUAGGACCUCAAUAUAUGAGCCUUUGAAUCUGCCGAAAGGUGGCACAAUCAUUGGUGCUCUCGCGAAGACCGUGGCAGGAGAAUGGAUAGUCGGAUCCAUCGACACCGUGUCUCAGCCAUGGCAACCCAGGGACCACAGCGCCUCCGUUACGGAGCUUGACAACGAGCCCUCGACUUUGGGAAAUGGCAAAUCAUCUUACGGCUCAGUACUGGCGCCUGAAGUUGCGAGGUCCCCUUCGGCCGAAAAUCCUAGUGGGGUUUUGCCAGACAAGCCUGUGGAUAGUUCAAUUGUUGACGAAGAUCAUGGAAUGGAGGACGCACCUGCGGAUGAAGAGAUGGAAGAUGCACCUGGGGAUCCCGAUGACGAGUUCUUGCUUGAUGUACCGCCGACACCGGUGCCUACCGAACUCGUACCACCCGUACGCAUGCCGGUCUUACCUCUGGAUCUCCACGAUGAGGACGCAGAGGGUGAAAUUGACGACGAAAUGGCUACGCAGUACACUGUCACCUCAGAGGUUCCAGAAGCCAUCAAUCCGGCGCCGGCCACCACCACCACCGCAACCACUACAACCACUGCAGGCGGCGCAACCGGAAACUUGUCUGAUGUUGAUGACAGCAUGCAUGACGGGUUUGCAACCGACGACGAUCUCCUCGGUGGAUACCGAGGCGAAGAUCUUCCCUCGCCGCUCGGAACGAUUCUCGGCUCCUCCGCUGUCGUACCAACAUCCACCACGAAAGCGGCUGGCGCUGUUGCCGCUUCCUCCCCACCACGCUCACGCGGUGCACAGGCUCGAGAUCCGAUGAUAGAUCUACCGGACCUCCCACCGAACAAUGGAAGCAGCACAACCGCCACCGUGGAUCUGGAGGCACUUAGUAACACUAGUGUCCUCAGCGACUACCCGGACGAUCUCGACGAGAAUGCAGAUGUUGGCGUGGGUGCGGGCUCGACCGGCGACGAGAAUAAUGAGGGCGAGAAUGAGAACAUAUCCCCACCCUCCAGGAGCCGCAAGUCGGCCAGGGAGACGAAUGGUAGGUUCGGGAACACGGGAGCGGGAACCUCGAGGAAGAAGAGGCGAUAGUCCUUUUCCUUCCUAUUGCUUUGCUGUGAUUUGUACCUAUGCUCCUUUUCAUUUUGUUCGAUUGGUGUUCUUUUGAUUCUUUCUCUUUCUGGUUUAAUUUGGAGUGAGACUGGUGAAUACUUUCUUCUCGUGGGUUUGAUUUUCUGGGUUCUGCUAUUCUUAUCUGUCUACGAAACGGUGCCUGUACUUUUUUCCUUCCUUCCGAUA